AUGCGGUCUAUCCAUUCUGUGACAAACACAGUGCAAACUCUGCACGUGAUGUACAGUGACAGCUCAUGUGAAUGCACAAUGUUGCCAACACCGUUCCUAAGCCUACCAAGCCAAAAGACUGAAGAUGUGUACGGUGCAUACUCUGCUCACCUGAUCGUGUCCAAUGGUUCUAUUGGUCACAGAAUCCAAGCAUUGGAGAAUGCAGUGCCGAACAUUGGGGCCAAAUUGCAGGAUUUGCUGGAUCAGGUUGGCUGGAAAUUGCAUGUUUUUGUAGGAGAUGCUGCAAAAACCAACAGCGCCAUUUUCAAGAUUCAAAAGCGUCACCAAUUGGCAGUCGGUGCUAAGCGCAAGCUUUCCAUCCAAAUUAAGUGCCUCUUGCACCAAAUUUGCUUGGUUCGGCGUCCAUCAAUAUUGGCAAUUGAUGCCUACUGGAGCACAGUGGUGCGGCUAGCCCACUUAUUUGAGAAUUGGAGUUUCAAACGCCAGUUCGGCAUUUCGUUGCUACACAUACUUAGACAGCCUGGUAUUGCAGUGUCUGAAUUCCCAGAUGAGAUGAGCAACUGGAAGCUUCGGGCUGAUUGGCUUGUGAAAGGGUUCUUUCCUACUGCAAAGGGGGCCAUUGAUCUGCUGAAAUCAUUGCUCCAACUGCUCAAUGGGAAUUCUAUGGAACCUGUCUUUACUCAUUGGUGUUUGCCAGGUUGCUGUGGCAGCCAGCAGGAAUCUUUACAGAAAGUGGCAGAGGUGGCAAUCCCACUAUUCUCACGGGGAUUUCAAUGUCCCUUGCUCUACCGGUUCAAGCACUACACUGUCGCAAGUUCCUAUCUUCGUACGGCUUGCUGUUGUUUUGAUUUGCUUCCACAAGUGCUGACACAGCUGAAUGCAGUUGCAAGUGAGCAAGACUCUAAAUUGGUGGAUGGGCUGCUGCAAGAUUCAGGGGUUCCUGUGGAAAAUACCGAGCUGGGUGAUUUGCUUGACAAUGACCUGUCCUUCAGCUUACAGAACAGUGUCCGUAGGCGAAAGGUUGUUGAGCAGGUGACCAAAACUGAGUUUCCUCAGUCAGUCAUUAUGGUCGACGUGAUUGUCAAUGCUCUUGAAUAUGGUUCCAAUGCCUUGUUCAAACGAACAAGCUUGCUGACCCGCAUGUCCACUUUAGGUUCCCAUCAUCCAGAAUACGCUACACUGGCCAAUGAGUGCAUGGAACGCUUCCUUGAUAUUACUUCUGGAUCUUUCGGAAAGCGGUUGAUUGAGCGCACUGUGGUCCUCUUGGAUGUUGAAGUGAAACAUGGGAACAUGCAGUGGUGCGUGGCAAAGCGUGCAUCAUCCUAUGUGAAGUCAUUGAGCAGUGAUGACAAAGCUCCUUGGAAUAUUCAGGCACGCCACGAGCAAAUGUGCCGUGAAGAGUUGGUAGACACACCUUUGCCAGUCAAAGGAAGUACGGCUACAACUGUCCAUGUUGAGCGUUGGCUUUACACGCCUUUGAUUGAUGACACGAAAGCGCUUCGUGUGAAUGCUGACCAUGUUUUGACAUCUUUCACCAUUGACAUUGCCUCCUCCAAGAGCGUCUCAAGAAAGCGUCCAAUCAAGUUGCCAUUCGGGCUGAAAGAGAUCCGGAAACCACGGAAAAGAAAGGUAAAGGAAGUGGCUGGGGCCAAGUACCAGAAUGAGGCCAAAGAGAGAAAGCGUGAGAGGCAAGACGGGGUCCAGGAUCCCACAGACAAUUUGCCUUGUGAACAUUCAAGCUCCAUGUUUGAUGCAAACAGCAAUUCUGAGAGUGGCUCUGACUCUGACUCUGGUUCUUCCAGGGGCGACCAUUGCGAGAUUGAGGAUAGUGGUGACAUGGCACCUUUUCUUGAAGAAGACAAUGAAGUUGAGCCAAUCUCUGAAAUCAUGGAGAACGAAAUGAAAGCAGAGUGGCAGGUAGCCCAGGAAAUUCAGGAAGCAGACAAGAACAAAGCGAAACUGGCCAAAUACGUUGAAGCUGAAGGGACAGCAGAACCAAAGAGCAGAUCAAAGACAUUCUUCUCGCAACGACUUGGCUUGGGAUUUGGAAGCGUUGCUCCAACAG